UACGCUUGACUGGUUUAAAGAAUGGUACUGGGUUUCUCCUUUUCUGGGUGUCCUUUCCAAAAAUUUUCAUUUUGCUUCGGUUUCCCCGCAACCAAACAUAUACUUCACACUGUAUCUGAUAGAGCAAAGAAAUAUUAGAAACACCAAGAAGAAAAAGAAUGGCAAUUUUGGAGGAAUCAGUAGUGGAUUCAAAGAUUUCUCCACCAAAUUCAUAUGGAGCUGUAGUUCUUGGCGGCACGUUUGAUCGCUUACACGAUGGUCAUCGCCUCUUCCUCAGAAAGUGUGCAUUGUCAACAGUCAUCAGCUGAGUUGGCUAGGAGCCGGAUUGUAGUUGGAGUUUGUGAUGGGCCAAUGUUGACAAACAAACAGUACUCUGAUUUAAUAGAGCCCAUUGAGGAAAGGAUGCAUAAUGUGGAAUGUUAUAUAAAGUCUAUCAAACCUGAGCUGGUUGUGCAUGUUAGACCGAUUACAGAUCCAUACGGCCCUUCAAUUGUUGAUGAGAAUUUAGAUGCCAUUGUUGUCAGCAAGGAGACAAUACCAGGUGGAAUAUCGGUCAAUAGAAAUAGAGCUGACAGAGGCCUUUCACAACUAAAGAUUGAAGUUGUUGAUCUAGUUUCUGAAGAGUGUAGCCAAGAUAAGCUUAGCUCAACAACAUUAAGGAAGCUGGAGGCUGAGAAACAGCAAGGGAAGGGUAAGCAUGAUGAUGAGUCGAGGUAAUGCCAAUGUUGAGAAAGGUUAGGAAACCAUUUUUAUAGCAAGGUGUCCACAAGAGAUUCCUCAAUUACUGCAAUGUCUAUGUAUGUACAUAUCAUUAUCACAUUCUACAAUGUGUUUUAUACCGUCUUCUAAAUGAAAUUGAGAAGCACAAGUAUGAAGUCUCAAGGAAUAAAUAUUUUUAUAAA